UUGGGAUACUGUUGCAGGUAUCUAGUACUCUAUAAAGGUAGUCAUGCACAUAGCCGUUUGCCACAUUGCAAUGGCUAUCCAGCUGCUUGUAUAGCGAUCGUCCUCGGAGCAGUGAUCGCACUCAUAGGCAGUCUACCCAAUAUGCUCCGCUAUAGAAUCAAAUUCGUAAAAGAGAUGCCAGUUCCUGAUCGUUGUCUGCAAAGUCCAUAUCACGCAUCGUGGGACAAAUCCGAUACCAUCUAUAGGUAUGACCUGGUGCAACCGAUAUGGUGGAAUUGCCAAUGGGAACGGCUCAACUUCUGGAUGGCUGCUUGUGUACUCAAAUUAGUGCCAUGUGUCCUUCUGACGGUGUUUAUGACGCUUCUGGUAAGGAUGCUCAUUGAAGCACGUGAAAGAAGACUACGGCUCUGUGGAGGUGUCCCAACGGGAAACUCUCAAGCUGAACGUACGACUGCAAUGUUGACUGGAAUUGUAGCUGUGUUUCUGAUUACUGAACUACCUCAGGGAAUCCUUGGACUUUCUGUU